GGGAGGGAGUGGAGACACAGGCAGAGCGUGAGCAUCUCUUCCUGGCAUUCUGGCUGUCAGUGCAGGAGAACGGAGAGAGAGAGCAGAGAGGAAAAAUACAAGAGCAACAUCAUCAUCACAUUCUUAAGAAGCAGCACAAGUCUUGGAGAUCGCCGACCUUGGAGCUUGAAGCACUGGAACACCACCUUUAUAGAUCCAAGAGUUUCCCACAUCGUGCAUUCUAGACUUUAGACUUCUCCAGCCACAGCCAUGAACUUCCUACGCCGUCGCCUUUCUGACAGCAGCUUCAUCGCCAACCUGCCCAACGGCUACAUGUCAGACCUCCAGAGGCCCGACCAACCUCCACCGCCUCCUCCAACCUCAAGCACCAAGACCCCUGCCUCCGGACAGACUCCUGCCCCGAUUGUGCCCCCCGCUGCGGCCAUGUCCCCGACCGCUUCUCCCGCACCUGAGCGACGGCCGCAGCCUGCACAAUCUACCGGAACAGGCUUCUUCAGCUCCAUCACCAACGCGGUGAAGCAAACGGCGGCUUCGGCAGGACUUGUAGAGCAGAGUCCAGUGGUGGUGUCACGGAAGUUCAAGAUCCUCCUGGUGAUCGAUGAAUCGCUGCAUGAUUGGGCAAAGAUUUUUCGUGGGAAGAAGGUCCAAGGCGAUUACGACAUUAAAGUCGAACAGGCUGAAUUCUCAGAGAUCAACCUCGUGGCACAUGCCAACGGCACAUGCAGUGUGGACAUGCAGGUGAUCCGAAAUGGAACCAAAGUGGUUCGGUCGUUCAAGCCUGACUUUGUCUUGGUCCGACAGCAUGCGUUCAGCAUGGCACAGAAUGAAGACUUCCGAAAUAUCAUCAUUGGACUGCAGUAUGCUGGGAUCCCCAGCGUCAACUCACUGGAGUCCAUCUACAACCUGUGCGAUAAACCAUGGGCUUUUUCUCAACUGAUCAACACUUAUAUGAGGCUGGGACCAGAUAAAUUCCCUCUUAUUGAUCAGACAUUCUACUCAAACUACAGGGACAUGAUUUCAAUGCCGACAUUUCCAGUUGUGGUGAAGAUCGGACACGCUCACUCCGGAAUGGGAAAGGUGAAGGUUGACAAUCAUAGCGACUUCCAAGACAUUGCAAGUGUUGUGGCUAUUACUCAGACGUACACAACCACAGAGCCAUUCAUUGAUGCUAAAUAUGACAUCAGGGUCCAGAAGAUUGGAUCUGAUUACAAAGCUUACAUGAGAACAUCCAUCUCUGGCAACUGGAAGUCAAACACAGGCUCUGCUAUGCUGGAGCAAGUGGCUAUGACUGACAAAUAUAAGCUGUGGGUGGACACAUGUGCAGAGGUCUUUGGAGGUCUGGACAUCUGUGCCAUUAAAGCCAUACAUGGAAAGGAUGAAAAGGAUUACAUCACUGAGGUUGUGGGUUCCUCAAUGCCACUCAUUGGGGAACAUCAGGUCGAGGACAAACAGCUGAUAGCUGCUAUAGUCCUGGCCAGGAUGAAUCAAGAAGGAACCCGGUCAACAGCCCGUUCCCCCCAAAGACCUCCAACCACUCUUCAACCUGCUCAGAGCACUGCCUUAAAGGAAGGCCCAGCUGACUCCAACAAGACCCCCGGCCAGCGGCACCCGCCUCAAGGUUGUUUACAGUACAUUCUUGACUGUAACGGAGUUGCAGUUGGACCCAAACAAGUCCAGGCAAAAUGAUUUCAACCACCACAAAUCCAGAUAAACGGUUCAAGCGUCAGUAAAGAGAAAGCUCAGUGAACUGGUGCUGGUUGAGGUUAAGAUAGUUAAAGAUGUAGUAGUCUGGAGCUUCAGAAUCUGCCUUGAGUGUGUUGUGGUGCUUGUCUGUACCGAUCAUGUUUCUCUCAUUGUUUGAUUUUGUCAGUCGUGUGGUCUUCAGGACUUGGCUAUUAGAACAAUUCUUAUUAUGCCUAUAAGCAAACUUCUGUGCAGUAGUGUCCCGUGUGGUCAAUGUGUACUAUGAAAAGUGUUUUUGACAACUUCUAUUCUGGUUUGGGUAGUUCGUAAUCGUUUAUCAGAUUGAUGUUCUCUGUUUUUUGCGGAUGUGUGAACAUUGUGCGUAAUGUGUCAUGUUGUUUUGUUCUAAUUUAAACGUGGAGUUUGUGGUUCUGCAUGAGUGAUGAUGAGAAAGUCCAUGUGUUUACAUUUUAAAAACACAAUGUGUAUUUUUUAUAAAUAAGAAGUGUGUUAUGAGUAUUUCCAGCAUGAUUCCUGAGGGCAGAUUGAAUGUUGAGGUGUUGGAAUUAGAUUAUUUUAAAACAAUUGUUUGACGACGAUUUACUUUAUUCCUGAUGAACUGUUAACACAUAUCCAGUGGAUAUCUGGCUAAUGGGUCUCACCAAAGACAUUUUAGCGAUUGCCAUCAAACCGAAUGGCUAAAACAAAUCUGAGAUUUCAGAAUAGCAAGCUUGUUUUCACCUGUGACUCCAUCCUCCCAUGACUCCUCGACUGUCAGCUUAUAUUAGCUUGAGAAGUGCCAUGUCUUAGCCAAACAGUGAAAACACUGUUUUUUCAUGUAAAGAUAAAUAAAGAUAAAGAUUUCAAUAAACAAAAUAUGCUAAUAUGGAGAUACAAAAUUGACAUUACAUGAAGCAAUAUUUGUUUGACAACCCAUCCUAAAGAAAUAGGUAUAUAUUUUUAUACUUUCCUUUUCGGGGAGCAAUUCCUUUAAAUUAGUUUCAACUAGCUUUUCCAGUUAUAAAGACUUUAGUUCUCAGACUGAAUAUACAUAGGACAGAAGUAUUAUCAGUGUAGCGUCUGUACUGUACAACAUGUUGAUGUUUUAAAUAUUUCAUUGAUAACCUGCAAGAUGGUAUCUGUAAUAAGAGGUAUCAAUGUUCACAGUGUGAAAUAUGUGUUUAUAUUGCAUGGGAACUGUAACCUUAAGAUUAAAACUGCAUGCUUUACCAAAGGAUGGAAAAUAUAUACAGUAUGUGCCUGAAAAAUAUGAGGAGAUCUAUCAAUGAAUGUAAUUAUCAAAGAUCAAAAAUAAUGUCAGAUCUUAAGCAGUAUAGUGACCAGGAAAUUUCUGGUGGUUCUGUGACUUAAUAAUCAUUAAUUUGAUUAACAAUCUGUAUGUCUCACAAAAUUGCCUUUGAUAUGACCAAACUUUAUUGAAAUCUCCUAUAAGUGGUUUUGCUGAUGUCACUGCCUCUUUAAAUCCAGUACUUUGGUUAUUAAUGACACAUGUGAUUAUUAUCUGAUAUAGAUCCAUGAUCUAUAGUCUUUCCCCCUCAUGUCCAAAGUAAUAAAGCUCCCAUUUUCAGACCUUUUGGAUAAGUUUUGUGUCACUGAAUGGUAUUUCAUUAUUCUCAUUACAAAUGGAAUGAACUACCAUUUACAAAAGGUAUACAAGUGUCUAAACUUUCUUAAGAGUCAAUACCCAGUGUAUUUAUUCAUAUAUAGAUAUAUUUCAGUAUAGUAAAAUCAAGAAGUUAAACGAAAGACGUCCCACUCACAAUUAUUUAAGAAGGUCAUUAUCUUACAUAAACAAAAGAAAGAGCAUAAUGUCACACUUUUUCUUGCAUGUUCCCCAGAGUUCUUUGUGGUUUUGGUAAGAACACAAGUUUUGUGUAUUUUUCUUUGCUAUUUAAUAAUUUACUAUUUGCAUAAAACUAACAAAAAUGUACAGUAUAACAGGAACAAACACAAGACAAGUCUUAAUUCUUUUGUUUGCACGAUUCUGUUGUGACCCUACAACUAUGAAUCUUUACACCUGUGAUCCUACCCCAUACUAAAUGUUCCCCUUGUUUUAUUUGGCUUGUUUGGAUUGAACACAUUUCUUUUGCUUUGUAGAGAUCACAGUCUUGUGGAUUUAUCUUUGAUUUUUUACGGUUACUUUGGCCAGUCUUGGGGGCAUCCUCAUUUUUUACAAUCGAUCAGUUUCCGGUGCUGGAUUUAAAACCCUUGUUAGCUUUCACCUUUUCAAAAUGUUUAUGAUGAAUCUCUUCUGUACUAAACCUAGGGGGGGCAGUGAAACCCCAAGAACCACAACCUAAAGGUCAAGAACCUCCAUCCGAGCCAGUCCCUGCCCAGGAACCAGUUCCUAAAGCAGGCCCUACCCCAACUCUUCCACCAACCACGCAG